AUGAUCGAAACUGCUAUUGGGGUAUAUGCAUAUCUUGCUAAUGACGAGGUGAAACUAAGGAUGCAACGAAUUAUCUAUCAUGUUCGUCAGCAGCUUGCACUCACAGACGCGGCCUUGAAAGAUGAGUACCCUGGUGAGAAGUUCGGUCUGGCUCUUGCAUGGGAUGAAUAUCUGCUUGAUCUUCUCAAUCAUAUCCAGAACAAGUCAACACUGUUUAUUGAAACUUGGCUCACUCGGAUUGCGGCUAUGGCUGUGGCAAAAGAGGACAAAGAUAAUGCAAAUCUGAUUAAGUCUAUUUGCACAGCCCUUCGGGCACAGGCUGACCGCAUAAUCAUGCUUGGUGAGACGGAACAUGUCAAUGGAUAUACUGGGGUGGCUGAUGGAGAUAGCGAUGAUAUGGAAAUUGAUGAUGAUGAUGACGCUAUGGAGAUCGAUUAG